AUGGCCUUUGGAGCUCAGGAGAUAAUGGUCGAAUUCUUAUACAGAGAUCUCCCAAAUACCUAUGAAGCGGUCCAAAAAAGGGCUUAUGUGUACCUAGAUGCCAGGGACACCGCCUCGAAAGGGAACGCCAACCCUUCACCGGACAAAGAAUCCCCUGCGGGACGAAAAGGCAAAUGGGGGAACGAGAAAGAUUACAAGACCUCCCGGUAUAACCCUUAUUACAAAGAAGAAAAGGGGCAAGUCAAGAUUAAUCUUCCGGAAAUGUAUAAGAGUCCAAGGGAGAUACUGCUUACUGAAUCCGUCGCGAAGGCCUUCCCAACGCCACCCAGACUAAGUGGGAGAGAUAGAAGGGAACCUGAGAAAUAUUGUGAGUUCCACAGGGACAAUGGACACGACACUAACAACUGCUGGCAACUCCGAAGGGCCAUCGAAGAAGCAAUUAACGAAGGAAAGCUGUCACACUUGGUCAAAACCGUACGACAGCAGCAAAAGAAAGAAGAAGACCCGGAGGAAAAGAAAAAAGGACCCGAAAAAACUAUUUAUACGGUCGUCAAAAAGAAAACAAGGGAAGAACGUCCGUUCCCGAAGACAUAUAGGGGAAACACGACAUACAUCACAUUUCCUUCUAUCUGCAACACCCGGGCCUUUCGUGACCCACUUACCAUCACAGCGAUGCUCGAAAUUUCAAAAGUGAAAGGAAUAUGUGUAGACACGGGAAGUGAAUGUGAUGUUGUUUACGAAAAAGCCUUUUGGAAGCUAAACCAUGUGUCACGAAUGAACUUUAAAAGGACUAAUGCUCUGGUCCAGGGAUAUUCAGGAGGAACCGAGAAGCCCAUCGAAAAGCUAACAGCGAAAGUGACCAUCGGGAAAGGGCGUUGUGAACGCACAGAAAAAAUAUCGUUCCUCGUGGUACAGGGAGACUCACCCUUUGAAGCAAUAUUAGGAAGACCUGCAAUUCAGAAAUUUGAAAUGAUCCCCUCCGUAAUGCACGGAAUGAUUAAAUACCAGACGAACGGAGGAAUUGGAACUUUGAUGACAAAGGAAAGAAAAAGGACCGUAGAAGGACAUGACGGGCCACACUGGCUAUCAUGGAGCGAAGGACCUUACCUUGGACGAUUGAACGCGUAA